AUUGAUUUCUGAAACCCGUUAGUGAUAAAAUUUUGAGCACUCAAUGACCGCAGCAACUAAAGUGAAAAACAACUAAAACAAAAACGGUAAUUACAAGUGAAGUUUUGUGAAAAAAAACGCGUCAGAAGUUUAUUACGCCGGCUGUUGCGUGCAGAUCCAACAAGUCGCGGUUAUGCCUGAAACGAAUAAAUUGUUGAAUAAUGGUUUCCUACGCACACCGCACAUCUUUGGCGUAAGCAGUGGUGCAACAAUGGAAGACGGUGGUGCGUCAACUGCCGUUUCGCCCCUACUUGCCGAUAGCAGCGGCAUCGCAACGACUGCACUUAUUGAUGACAAACUAUCUAACCUGCAGCAGAAUAGCAAGAAUUUAAACAACAGUGCCGCGAACAAUGGGCCACACGUCAAGUUGCCCACGGUGGUGUAUUUAGGCACUGACAGCGGCGGUGGCGGUAAUGUUGUUGGUGGUGUAGGUACGAGUAUCCCUGGUAGUGGAACUCGUACUGCUCUUCAGCGUAAUGCACCCUCGCCCUACCAAAGCACCACAACUCCCAUGCGUCCCAGCCACCACACCCAUCCAAACCAGCAUAGCGAUUGGUUGAUGAAGGAGCCAACACAAAGACGUCGCUUUAUAAUUUUAGCUGCAGCUUUUACUGUACUCGGCGCGGCGAUCGGCGCAUUGGCGAUCUACUUUGCUGGUAGCUAUAGUUGUCACUCGCUAUCCACAGCUGGCACGGGAGUGAGCUUGGAAAGUCGUAGAAUGAAUACAGAGUAUGGAGGUGUGAAAAAUCGUCAGCGAGAUGUUUGCCUGACAGAGGAUUGCGUCCGAACAGCUGCUUCGUUGCUUUCGGCCAUGGAUACAUCAGCGGACCCGUGCACAAACUUUUUCCAAUACGCCUGUGGCACAUGGAACAAGAUACAUAUCAUACCAGAAGAUCGGAGUUCCAUAAGUACAUUCGAGGUUUUAUCCGACGAACAGCAGGUGGUAUUAAAGGGCGUACUAGAGGAGUCAAUCAAUGAUGACGAUAACAACGCCACAAUCAAAGCGAAACAGUUUUAUAAAAGUUGUAUGGAUUUACCUCAAAUACGCAAAGUCGGCGAAGGUCGCUUGAAGGAGGUACUUAUGUCGCUAGGUGGUUGGCCAGUGAUCACACCCAAUUGGCAACCGCCCAACAUGACCAUCGAGCAGUUAAUGGGCCUUAUGCGUGGUAAUUAUAGUGAACCGGUAUUAGUGGAGCUUUAUGUGGGCGCCGAUGAUAAAAACUCUUCGAUUAACAUUUUACAAAUCGAUCAACUACAGCUGGCGCUUCCUUCACGCGAUUACUAUCUGAAGCCGAGUAGUGAAAACGACUUAAAAGCGUACCACAAGUACAUGACGCAAACGGCAAUAUUAUUGGGUGCUGAUCCAACAACUGCAGCUCAAGAGCUAGACGAGGUGGUCAAAUUUGAAAUAAAAUUGGUAAACGCCUCACUGCCCGAGGCAGAUCGCCACGACACUAGCGCCAUCUACAAAAAAAUAUCUUUGCCCGAAUUGCAACGUCAAGUGCCACAACUGAAUUGGACCAUAUUUCUCCAAACGGUUUUAGGUCCAGAUAUACAAUUGUUGCCGGAUGAGGUGCUCGUUAGCUACGCCAUGCCAUAUCUGGUGGAAAUGGGUAAAAUGCUGGAAACUGCCGAUCGACGCGUAGUACACAAUUAUGUCAUUUGGCGUUUGGUGAUGUCUAUAAUGGCACAUAUGAUCGACGAAUAUCAGCGAGAGCGCAUCGAAUUCCGCAAGAUAUUGCUGGGCGUACAAUCGGAGCGUAUGCGUUGGUCGCAGUGUGUUGAAUGGACGAAUAAAAAAUUGGGUUUGGCGGUAGGUGCACUCUUCAUACGUGACAAUUUCAAUCAGGAGAGUAAGGAUACGGCGCUAGAAAUGAUACAUACGCUACGUGAGGCAUUCAAUGAGUUGCUGACAGAGAAUCAUUGGAUGGACGAUGAGACGCGUGCCGUGGCUAGGGAGAAGGCGAACGCAAUGAAUGAACGAAUUGGUUAUCCUGAAAUUCUCAACAAUUCAACGGAGCUGGAGAAGGAGUAUGAAAAUCUCACAAUAAUUUCCGACAAUUUCAUGGAGAAUGUGCUAAAUAUACUGAAAUGGGAUUCGGAUAAGAAUUUACAACUUCUGCAUCAGCCAGUUGACAAGGAGAAAUGGACGACCGAACCGGCCGUUGUGAAUGCAUUCUAUAAUCCAAACAAGAAUGAUAUAGUCUUCCCCGCAGGAAUAUUCCAACCGCUAUUUUAUAGCAACAAUUAUCCGAAAUCUGUUAACUACGGUGGAAUCGGUGUUGUGAUCGGACAUGAAAUAACGCAUGGCUUUGAUGAUAAAGGUCGUCAAUUUGAUAAGGAUGGGAAUAUGAUGCAAUGGUGGAAUAAUGCCACAAUCGAAGCUUUCCGUGAACGCACGCAGUGCAUAAUCGACCAGUAUUCCAGAUAUAAGAUCGAAGAAGUGGAUAUGUAUGUGAAUGGACGAAUGACACAAGGUGAAAAUAUAGCGGACAAUGGUGGACUAAAGCAGGCUUUCAGGGCCUAUAAAAAGUGGGUAAAACGUCAUGGCCCCGAACCGGAAUUGCCCGGCCUCAAUUUAACGCACGACCAACUAUUCUUCUUGAAUUACGCACAAAUCUGGUGCGGUUCAAUGCGACCCGAAGAUGCGGUUACGAAGAUACGCUCUUCGGUGCACUCGCCGGGUUUCAUACGAGUACUCGCGCCACUCUCAAACUCUAAAGACUUUGCCGAGGCGUACAAAUGUAAACUCGGCUCGCCGAUGAAUCCUGUGGAAAAGUGUAGCGUGUGGUAAAAAAGUUCGCUAUAUAUGUGCAUACAUAUGUACGUGCAUAUAAAUAUUUAACUAAAUAUAUACAUACUUACUUAAUACAUAAUUUAUAUGAUGCACAAAAGAUGUAUAAGAUAAUAAAAGUAAACAAUAAAUUUGAUUGAGUAGCACAGUGUAUGUAGUGUAGAGGCAUAAAUAUUGAAAGCAGUUUGCUUAAAAGAAUAGAAUUAGUAUCUAAUGAUUUUAUUUUUUAUAAAUGUAAUAAAACAUUACUUAACUUCGUACUUAUGUUAACGAGGAUAAUAUACAUACAUACAGGUACAUACAUACAUAUACAAAUACAUAAAUUGUAAAAUUGUUAAUUUGAAUGAAUAAAAUUAACGCAUGUUAGUUAAGCAUCAUACAUACAUGCUUUACACAUACACACAUACAUACAUACAAACAUGCAUUCAAAUUAUAAGUAAAUAUACCUAACAUAUUUACAUUUGCAAUUUGUAUAAUGCAAAUUCAUACAUAACCAAAUUUAGACAUACUUACACAUAGCAAAAUACAGUUAUUUCUGAUUAAACAAGUGAAAAAAUAUUUGGAAAUCGUUCAUUAAAGCAGAGCAAAAUACCUACACAUGUGUACAUACAUGCAUACAUAUGUGUACAGAUAAAAAAUGCAUUCAUACACUUGAUAUGUACUUUCAUUGGACAUACAUACAUACAUACAUAUGUAUAUUGAUAAUAUAGAAUAAAAAAACAACUAUAUGGUAAAUUUCACAAUA